AGCUCGACAGUGCAAGAGAAAAAACGGGGGAAGAAAAGAUCACUAGCGCAAAACCGAUAUUAGUCUUCCUGGUGCAUCAUCAUGGGAACGAAGAUCGAGUACGUUGACUCGAGUCACAUGUACGCGACAAACUACAUACGCAACUCGAAAGCGAUCGCUGUUCUGUGGGCGAUCUUUAGCAUUUGCUACGCGAUCAUCAGUGUCGUUGCGUUCGUAACACCAGAAUGGGUAGGUGACGCAGAUUCCGACGUUGGUGGACGGCUUGGUUUGUGGCAAGUUUGUCAGAAAGAUGAUCUCACCGAUAGCUGUACCGGGCGCCUGGAGGAACUAUUAGAAAUGCAAUCUAUAGCGUUUCAGGUUGCAACCGUGUUUUGUGGUUUGGCCGUUGCCACUUCUGUGCUGGCGAUCUGCUGCCUACUGCUGAUGGUAUUCAUGAAGUCAACGACCGUGUUUCACAUCUGCGGCUGGAUGCAGAUGCUUUCCGCCCUCUGCAUGGUUAUUGCAUGCGUUUCGUUUCCGUUCGGGUGGAAUUCGGACGAGUUCCGUAAGAUUUGCGGUCCAGAGUCGAACCGAUUCGAAGUAGGGCUGUGCAGCUUGCGCUGGGCCUAUCCAUUGGCGAUUAUCGCUUGCAUCGAUGGAUUCAUUUUGGCCACGCUAUCCUUUAUUCUUGCGACACGACACGUCCGUCUACAACCGGAACCGCAAUACCAAAGCAGUAUGUAUUCAGGAGAAAUCAACAACGCGUACGUUACGGAUGUGGCCAGUAUCGCUGGCUCUCGGAAGUCGCUCAAUCUACAACCCGUGCUGCUGGUGGCACCUCCGCACAUAAUAUUCUGAUAGCGUAAAUGAAACGUUUCCCUUACCGCAACCGGUACGGACACAAUCGAACGAAUAGGCAGAGCCGGUUCCGAGUGAAUGUGUAUGAAACUUCCUCGCAAGUGCAAAUGAUGAACGCUUUCCGAGAUAUGUCCGGCCGGCUGGAAGCGCGAUGUACAGAGUGAUGUGUAGCUUAUGCCAAUUAUGUUUGAUCACUUUCUUGUCCGUAUGAAUGUUUUACGUAAAUUCAACCCUAGUAGGGUGAACGAAUAUUAGCUUUCCGGGUAUGUCAUUGAAGGUGUGUGUGCGCAACAUCCCGAAGAUAUAGGACCUAUUCAGUAAGGAAGGGCUUGAAGUAGGCCAAAACCUUAGGAUAUUACGUUUUAAAAUGAGUAAUAAAUAUUUAUUCAAGCUUUAACGGUACGUUCACAAAAGAGAUUUAUUGUUUCUUUCGAUACAUGCGGAAGUGGAUUAAUGACUUUCCUAGCAAUCUUUCCUACAUUGCAUCUUGCGCUGAAGACUAAAACGAGAGAGAGUAUGCUUCUUAGAACUGAUGUUAGCUUUCAUUUUCC